UUUCGUUCUUCAACGGAUUUUUUCUCGCCGGAUUUUCGAGUGGGUGUUUCCCGUCUUUCCCUCCUGAAUCAACAAGAAUUAUGACAACCCCAAGAGCAUCCUGGGAUCUUAAUUUAUCAGAUGAAUCUGAUAAUGAAGUUGAGAAUACGGCAAAUGUGAAUUCUGAGGCGAAUGCUUUUGCAAAUUUGUUCAAUGGAUCAGGCGAGAAGGGAAUUGAUAAUGUGGCCCCUUUGGAUAGUGAAAUUCAAGAUUUGUUAAGGGAUGUGGAGAAAUCAAUUGAAUUUGGGCCGGAGAUAAUGGCUGAAGUUGCUGAGGGCUUUAAUAAAACAAUGUGUCGUCCACUAUCAAAAGAGACCUCAGACAAUUUGAAAAAUAAUUUCAAGAUCCCAAUCAAUUGUAAACCGUUUGUUAUUCCAAAAAUGAAUCAAGAGAUUUGGUCACACCUCCCAGGGCCGGCUCGUUUUAUCGAUUUAAAUAUGCAACAAAAUCAAUUCUCCCUUGGAAUUGGACUCAAUGCUUUGGCACAAAUUGCAAAUGAAGUUGCGAAAAAUGCAAGCAAUAUACCAAAAGAGGUGAAGAUUUCCAUUCUUAAACUUGCAAUUGACGGGGGAAAUAUUUUGGGUGACCAAAUCCAAUCAAUUUCCAAAAAGAGACGACUUGAAGUAAAAAAGCACAUUAACUCUGAAUACCACGGGAUAUGUAACUCGCAGAUUCCAGUCUCAGAAUUUCUCUUCGGUUCCGAUCUGAACGAAACCUUAAAAGCUUCCAAAACUGCAUCCAAUGUUAUUCGCAAGUCCUUUACUCGUCAAGGACAGAACCAACGUCCCCAACCUUAUUUUAAUCCUCGCAGUUCUUUAAACUUGAAUCGCCCAAGGCUCUUCACUCCCCAGAGGCAGCAGUUCGGGCAGCAACAGAGGGGAGGAAUGUUUCCACGUCGACGUUGGCAAACAAACAACUUUCUUCAACAAUCAACUCCACAUUAUCAAAACCAGAGGAAGUAG